AUGGCCAGUGACAGCGGCGGGCCGAGCGCGAGCGAGCGCGAGCGGCAGUACUGCGAGCUGUGCGGGAAGAUGGAGAACCUGCUGCGCUGCGGGCGCUGCCGCAGCUCCUUCUACUGCUGCAAGGAGCACCAGCGCCAGGACUGGAAGAAGCACAAGCUGGUGUGCCAGGGCGGAGAGGCCGGCCCCGCUCCGCCCGUCCCCGCCGCCGCCGCCCCGGGGACCGCUCGGGCCGGCGGCGCGGUCGGGAAAGCGGCGGGACGCAGGGACAGCGCCGAGGCCUCCGGGGACGCCGCUGCGCAGGCCCGGGGCGGACGCGGCCCGGAGGAGCCCGGCCCCGAGGAACCGCCGGCUCGGAAGUCGCCGGGCCCGGAACGCGCCAGUCUGUGUCCGGCGGGCGGCGCUCCGGGAGAGGCGCUCAGUCCCGGCGGCGGAGGCGGCGGCGUAGGAGGCCUGAGGCCCAACGGGCAGACGAAGCCGCUGCCCGCUCUGAAGCUGGCGCUGGAGUACAUCGUGCCGUGCAUGAACAAGCACGGCAUCUGCGUGGUGGACGACUUCCUGGGUCGGGAGACCGGGCAGCAGAUCGGCGACGAGGUGCGCGCCCUGCACGACACCGGCAAGUUCACGGACGGGCAGCUGGUCAGUCAGAAGAGCGACUCGUCCAAGGACAUCCGGGGCGAUCAGAUCACCUGGAUCGAGGGCAAGGAGCCCGGCUGCGAGACCAUCGGCCUGCUCAUGAGCAGCAUGGACGACCUGAUCCGGCACUGCAGCGGGAAGCUGGGCAACUACAAGAUCAACGGCAGGACGAAAGCCAUGGUUGCUUGUUACCCAGGAAAUGGAACAGGUUAUGUCCGUCACGUUGAUAAUCCAAAUGGAGAUGGAAGAUGUGUGACAUGUAUAUAUUAUCUAAAUAAAGACUGGGAUGCUAAGGUAAGUGGAGGUAUACUUCGAAUUUUUCCAGAAGGCAAAGCCCAGUUUGCUGACAUUGAACCCAAAUUUGAUAGACUGCUGUUUUUCUGGUCUGACCGACGCAACCCUCAUGAAGUACAACCAGCAUAUGCUACAAGGUACGCAAUAACUGUUUGGUAUUUUGAUGCAGAUGAGCGAGCAAGAGCAAGAGCUAAAGUAAAGUACCUGACAGGUGAAAAGGGCGUGAGGGUUGAACUCAACAAGCCUUCUGACUGCAUCAGCAAGGACGCCCAGCAGGGCCUCAAAUGCAGUGGCACCACCGCACCUGCCGCCGUUCGGACACCGUCUGCUGACUGAGUCCGCGGGGAUGGUUGGAACAGAGAAGCCCAGUUGCUGUUUACAGCUGGGAGCCAAGGAGACUUGUCGUGCGGCGAGCAGGAGGCUCUGAUUGCUAUGACUUUGUGCUGUGUGCUUGGCUCCGGAUCUCUGACUGCUGACCCAAGAGGAGAUGCUGUCGGGGCACGGGAAGGGGGGAUGACUUUUCCAUCUGGACAUCAAAUGAGGGCCCUAUGUAGAAUUUUUCUUCAUUCUUCUAUUUUGCCAGAUCUGUCAUCUAACUGAGUUCAUUUCGUCUCUUUUUUAUAUCAAGUUUGAAUUCGGGAUAAUUUUUGUAUGCUUAGGUACAAUUUAUCAAAACUGAAUUGAAAAAAAAUUACAGUAUUAUUCCUCAAAGUAACAUCAAUCUAUUUUUGUAAGCCUCUUCGUGCUAUUAAAUUUUGCCCUAAACAGCCUCCUGCAAUGAUUGUCGCCAGCGACUGACCAUUCAUUUUCUCUUGACUGCUGGAGUUCCCAGCUGAAGCCCAGAUUGUUCGCUUGGCCUAUCUCACACCAACUUGAACUCAUAAAGAUUGCUGCUGUUGUGUUUUGACCUUGUUAAUAACGAAGCCUAACAGUAGACAGUUGCCACUGACCACCAAGUGACUUUAGUCCGUCUUUUAUGAGAGAAAACUCCACAGGAAGGAGGGUUUACCUUUUUUAAAAAAAUUGUUUUUAACUAAGUGACUGGCUCUAAACAAACUUGAGAUUGUCUUCAGCCUCCAGUUCCUAAGACAAAGGGCUCUCUUCUGCUUCAGGAAUAUCAGAUAGCCGUAGGCCAUCAUGUCCCACUCCCAACAUUUUCCCUUUGGCUCCCCUCAAACUGACUGUACUUCCAAUUCUACUGUUUGACUUCUCCUUGGCCACAAGCUCCAUCCCAUCCCACACCAGAGCCUUGUUACACUGGAGAGCAUUUGGCAGCCCCAAGCACAUGGAGAUGUGGGUGUGGCUGUGGCCUGGAGGUCAUGGUCAUCUGCUUCUUGGACAGCCUUGAGGUAUUUUCUCAGUUGGCAGCAGCCUUCUGACCAGUACUGGAAGAUGUGCAUAGCUUGGAAAAAUCAAAAGAAGUGCAAAACUAGAUCCUGUAUACUUCACAGAUUUUCUUUUGUACGUUUUAGAAAAAAAGGGACAAUUCUCCACCAUUCAAGCCCCCUCCUUCCUGCCCCAGUCUUCGGUUGCUGAAAGGGUAAAUGUCCUAGACUUCACUUUCCUUGUCUUCUUGGCAACCGAAGGAUGGAAACCCACAGAUCGUACAAAAUACGGGUGUGACCCCACCCCCUUAGGCGUUCUAUCUCUGUCUUGGUCUCCUUUGCCAAAUUGAGUAUACAGAAAGAUGUCUGUAUAUUUCCAUAUACAACAGUCUUAGCACCUGUUAUAGUUUGUAUCCAGUUAAAAACCUUUUCUGUGGAAAGCUCAGUAAUUUUUAUUAAAAGAUUGCUAUUGUUCAUGUAAAACAUGAAAAACAAGUGAAGCUGGCUGUGGAUGGAUGGGGGGAGGUUACUCCGUAGGGUGGCCUUCCCUGAAGGGCUCACAGCAGGAAGUUCAGUUGUCCGUCCCCCCCCCACGGUCAGUUCUGUUCCAGGUCCUCUCCUUGGCCUCCAGUGACCACUGACACCUCUCCAGCAAGUGCCUCUGCAGCCAGCCGGGGAACACCGGCUCACCGUCUAGUGUGUGGCACAGCAGGCCGAAGACCAGAAGCACUGUCAUUGUCAGAGUUAGGGGAAACCAUGUGGCAUUGGUGGAAGGUCUGUUGGAUAUGCUAUACAGAGCAGCCAGGUUCUGCUGCCCAAGAGGUAUGCUUGCCAGACAGGUCUUAAAUUGUAUAUUUUUUUGAAAAAGUUUAUGUACUUUCCUGGAAGUCACUGCAAGAUCAAGAAAUCAGGAUAGCCAUUUCCUUCAUAUCCAUUUAAAAUUUAUUGAUUUCAUGUUAGUGGCACCAUUAACUUGUCACCGGGCAGAACUUACCUAAAAUUUGAAAGCAUUCGUGGCCUGUGUGUUAGCCAUGGUUAACAAGAAAGCUUUAUAAAAUGCUGUCUUCAGUCAACACGUGAACUCGCUGCAGAACGCAGACCUGUGGCAGGCGGGCAGAGGACUGCAGGAUUCCUACACAGAAACUCAAGUCCUGUGACUCGAAAGCAGUGUUUCGGAUGAAAGAGCUCUCAAAGUUGCUUGUAAAGCUAAUCUAAUUAAAAAGAUGUAUAAAUGUUCCUGAAAAAACA